UGAUAUAUGAGUGAGUGGGAAAGGAGAUAGCUCAUGACUCAAAAUAUUUUCGGAAAAUAAGGCUCAGUCCUCCACCUACAUGAUUUUCAACCCCGUGAAAGGGAGUGCUUCAUAGGCUAGUGAAAACUGAAAGCCCAAACUCAGGGCUCUGGUCACAGCUUUGGGACUGAUUCUCUCCCAGUGGAAUUCACCAUCCCAUCUCUGAAGCCCUCAAGACUGGACUUUGGUGGGAUUUGAGUGUUGCUCAGUCACCGGUUGGAGGCAUUUGUAGGGGUAUUAGGCUACGAUUCUGUCAUGGAGAUCAGGGAUUCUGCGAUUUUCAGAGGUGUCCAUGAGUUCUUUGACUUCAACUUUAGCUCCACCAUGUCCAUACUCUGGUUUUCUACAUUUGUACCAUGAUAAUCCUGUGAAUUUUGCCGAAUUUUGCCGUGACAGAAUCGUGUCCAAAAUGCGUUUGAUUGCUGUUUUUGAGAAUUGUUUUGGUUUGCGGAGGUUUUCUGCACCUCCGGUUUUGACCAGUCAACAACGGAAGCUUUUUUUACCCCAUCAAAAAUCAAAUUUCCCAACAAGAAAAUUUUCCUUUUCAAAAUAGCAACAUUACCUUUUCAAAAGUUAAACUUUGUGAUAAAAAAAAAAUCACAGAAGAAUGAAAUUCUGGGGAAGGGAGUGAAAGACAGCAAACACACACAAAAUAAGUACCCCCUAAACUGUUGACCGAGCAAAUGCACAAAAAGAGAAAUGUUCAAUAGAUGAACGCAGAAAAGAGAAACCAAGAGAAGCAAUGAUAGAAUACAUAAAAACGAGGCUAGAAGCAGCAUGGUGUCUGAACAAUCACACACAUGCACAAAACAGGAUCAGUGACCUUACCAAAGGUGACCAAAAGCCGAGAAGAAAAACUAUCCCAAAGAGCCAACAGAUUCUGUUUUGUUUUGUUUUUUUGAUUAACGUUUCCAUCAGACUUGGUUUUACAGUAGCAAACUGUCGGUUACCAAAAUUUUCAUGUCCAGGGAAACAGCACUUCUUGACCACAAUGUUUUUGAGGGGAAAAAUUUAGCACUGAUCAUCUGUCAGAACAAAUACGGUGAAAAUUUUACUCCGUUCCCCCAUUUCAAAACCAAAGGAAUUGUUAAUGGGGACGGUAAAUAACCACUGGAAUGAUUUAUUAAGGGUCACGGUGGAUUUUCCGGCACUGGACAUUUUUAAAUCAAGACUGAACGUUUUCAAAGAAGAUCUGCUCUAAUCGAAAGAGGAAUUAUUGUGGGGCAGUUCUCUGGCCUGUGUCAUCCUAGCCUUGGAAUCUAUGAAUGUGUGAAAGAAAGACUAACACAAAAUUUGUAUAAGGCCUAACCUGGGAGCGGAAAAAAUGCCGUGUCAGGGGUGGUGUAAAUCAACAGAGAUCCACAGUUGGAAAGAGAGCUAUGAUGCUUAACGCCAUUUAAUCAGAGUUAAUGCUGUAACAGGCUCGCAGCAACCAAGACCCUGUGUGUCCCAUGGCAAAAGAUAGAUCCAAAGUCUGUGGCAAAUGCCCUGCCUGCAGUGUGGCUUGCUUUUGUUUCUUUAUUUUUUUAAAAAUACAGACUUCUAAGGAGUCAAAUAUGAAAGCGAAUCACACAGCCAGCACCAAGCUAACCACAGCGCUAGCAAACCAAGCACUGCUCUUACCUCCCAGAACUGUGGAUAGAACCCAGGAGUCCUGGCUCCCAGGCCUCCCUGCUCUAACCACUAGUCCCCACUCCCCUCCCUGAGUGGUUAAAAUAAUGGUGGCAUUUUUGGGGCGGGGGGGAGGGGGGAUUAUGUGUGUGUUUCAACAUUCCUGAUUAGGACUUUUGAAUUGAAACUCGUCAGUAAAACCCUGUGCUAUCACACAUUUGUGCAUGGGUGGCGUGCAGGAUUUUUGUGGUUUUUUGUUGUUGGGCUUUAUCUCUGAAAAUGAGAUGUGAUGAGUUGUACCGGUGAUGUACUUGUGAUGAGUUGUACCGGUGUGGCGGCUGGGAUGGGGCCCUUGCGGUGAGUUGUACGAACGAGCUGUGGAAAACAUAAUCUCAACAUAACCCCAAGAAAAUGAUGGGGUCAAAAUGAGCUGUUCCCACUCAAGGGAGAGAUCCUGGAGUCGUUGUGGAGAGUUCUCUGAAAGCAUCCACUCAAUGUGCAGCGGGAGACAACAAAGCCAACAGAAUGCUGGGAACUAUUAGGAAAGGGAUAGCGAAUAAGACAGAAAAUACCGUGUUGCCUCUCUAUAAAUCCAUGGGACGCCCACCUCUUGGAUACUGCGUGCAGAUGGGGUCGCCCCAUCUCAAAAAAGGUAGAUUGGAAUUGGAAAAGGUGCAGAGACGGGCAACAAAAAUGACGAGGGGUCUGGAGCGGCUUCCGUACGAGGAGAGAUAAAAAAGACAUGGACGGGUCAGCUGAGGAAAGAGGUGACUAAGGGGAGGAUGUGACAGAGGGCCGUAAAAUCAUGGAUUAUGUGGAGAAAGUGUCGUUUACCCCUUCACAUACCACGGGAACCAGGGGGUCACCCGAUGAAAUUCAUAGGCAGCAGGUUUAAAACACACACAAGAAUGUACUCUGUGGAAGUUAUUGCCAGGGGCUGUUGUGAAGGCCAAGACUAUAACAGGGUUAAAUAAAGAACUAGAGAAGUUCCUGGAGGACAGGUCCAUCAGUGGCUAUUAACCCAGGAUGGGCAAGGACACAACUCCAGGCUCUGGGUGCCCCUAAACCUCUGACUGUCAGAAGCUGGGACUGGAUGACAGGGAAUGGGUCAUUUGAUAAUUGCCCUGUUCUGUUCAUUCCCUCUGAAGCACCUGGCACUGUCAGAGACAGGACACGGGGCUAGAUGGACCAUCGGUCUCAGCCAGUCUGGCUGUUCUUUUGUGGAAAGUUUGGUUGAGUUACCUCUGCUACCGCAAUGGUCUAGGCCUCAGGCCAUGGCAUAGACACGUGCCGUGAAGUCACGUGACUGUAAUACCUAAAGUCCAAAUGGUUCUUGUCAACUGCUGGAAAUGGCCCACCUUGAUUAUCACGACAAAAGGUUCCCGCCCCCCGGCUCUCCUGCUGAUCUUCAGGGAGCUGGUGGGGGAGAGCUGCUCCUGUUCUUGAGGGAGGGAGACGGAAGCUGUGAGAAGAGGAGGAUGGAGGGGCCUUCCCUUGUCAGCAAAUCUUGCUACCUGGAACCUCUGAGCGUAGAGAACCUGCUGCAAAUGCGGAGCAAGCUGGAGUCCAAGGGGAAGAUGACCAGGGAGCUGAGAGCCCACUUCAACGGUGUGCUGAAAAUGGUCCAAGAAUGCGAGUUUGUCCAGAACGACGCCAAGAAGGUGAUCAAGUGCAAUCAGGAAGACCUGAAAUAUCUCUACAGCGAUGGAGAAGACAAGAUCUUUGUCUUCUGCCACAAUGGAGAACCCCCGUAUAUCGGAAAAGAAAGGGACAGUGAUAGGUACCUGUGUCCGUCACCCCCCGAGACAGAACUGCUGAGUAUCAGACACCUGCUGAGUGCGAUGAGCAGGCUUGAAUCCCAGGAGCGCAUGACCAGCGAGCUGAGAACCUGCUUUGAACAUGCCCUGGAGAAUUUUCGCCAAGAACCCAGCUUCAUACAAGGGAACGCAAGGCUGGUGAUCUGCUAUGAGGAAAAGGAGUUUCAUUUUGUAUCAGGGAAUGGGGAGAAUGAAUUCAUGGUGUACCUGGAGGAUGGCAAACCCCGUUAUGAGAGCCGAGUGCUGGGAUGGGGGGCAUACCUUUUUAAAAUGCUUGCCAGUUUGUUUUAAAGCGGCAGGGUAAGCCAGAUUUUAACUAGAAGAAGGCUGCAAAAACAAACAAACAAACAAACAAACAAACAAAAACCUCCAGGGAAUUAGAACUGGGAAAAUAACUGAUUGUUCAGGUCACUGGCAGUGACAAAAAUUGAUUUGGAUCCAGUCCAAUUGAAAAUGUUGCUAAAUUGCAAAUAAAUAAAUAAAUAAAUGUAUUUUGGAUGAAACGAACCUUUGACCUGAAACAAGAUGUUCCGAGCAUUUUUAAAAGGCUAGAUUCACAAGGAAAAGGAGCUAUCCUUCUUUUAUCUUUUAGCACAGGGGUUAGGGCACUCCCCCGGGAUGUGAGACCUGAGACCUCCCUAAGUUCAAAUCCCUCCUCCACAUUCAAGCAGAAGGGGGAAAUUGAACCUGGGUCUGUCAUAUCCAAGGUGAAUACUCUAACCACCGGCGUCAAAGUGAUAAGGAGACCUCCUCCAUUCUGUGAAUGGCAUCCAAGUCCUGACAAAGAAUUUUUUGGCAAAAACUGGUCAGCAAAUUUGCGUCGACGUCGUGACUAGUUCAACUGAAACUGCAUUUUUCACUGAAUAAACUUUUCAUAUAGUUCAUCCUGCCUGUCACUCAGGCCCAUAAUUUGGGUGUCAUAUUGGACUUGGACUCUCUCUAGGUCUCCACAUCCAGGAUAUGCCUAAAUCUGGCUGAUUCUUUCUGCAGAAUAUCUCUAAGAUCCAGGCUUCCCUGUCCAUCCACCAGGCUGAAACACUCAUCCAGGCUCUCCUCAUCUCGCGUGUGGACUGUACGAGGUGAUUUUGGCAAACCAGUAAAGUGUCUGAAACCACUAUGGCUUAUUGCUAAAAGCAGCCAAGUCCGCAGGCUGUAAAUUGGCCAUUCAGCAGUCUCAGCUUGACAAAGGCAGGAGGGGAGGGGGUUUUGGGUGCCACAGAAAGGGCAGCUUGACCCUACGUCCUUCCCGAUAAGAAUUGUGCUGAAGUUGCUGAUACAUGCAUCUUAGAAGAGCAGGAUGUACGGCUAUUGGGGCCGUGUCAUAAAUAUAAAGGGAAGGGUAAACACCUUUAAAAUCCCUCCUGGCCAGAGGAAAAAACCUCUCAGCUGUAAAGGGUUAAGAAGCUAGGAUAACCUCGCUGGCACCUGACCAAAAUGACCAAUGAGGAGACAAGAUACUUUCAAAGCUGGAAGGGGGGAGAAACAAAGGGUCUGUCUGGGUGAUGCUUUUGCCGGGGACAGAACAGGAAUGGAGUCUUAGAAUUUAGUAAGUAAUCUAGCUAGAGAUGCAUUAGAAUCUGAUUCCUUUAAAUGGCUGAGGAAUUAAGCUGUGCUGAAUGGAAUGGAUAUUCCUGUCUUUGUGUCUUUUUGUAACUUAAAGUUUUGCCAAGAGGGAUUCUCUAUGUUUUGAAUCUAAUUACCCAGUAAGGUAUUUACCAUCCUGAUUUUACAGAAGUGAUUCUUUUUACUUCUAUUAAAAUUCUUCUUUUCAGAAACUAAUUGCUUUUUCAUUGUUCUUAAGAUCCAAGGGUUUGGGUCUGUGGUCACCUAUGCAAGUUGGUGAGGAUUUUUACCAAACCUUCCCCAGGAAGUGGGGUGCAAAGGUUGGGAGGAUUUUGGGGGGAAAGACGUUUCCAAACAACUCUUUCCCAGAAACCCGGUUAGACGUUUGGUGGUGGAAGCGAAAGUCCAAGGGCAAAAGGUAAAAUAGUUUGUACCUUGGGAAAGUUUUAACUUAAGCUGGUAAAAGUAAGCUUAGGAGGUUUUCAUGCAGGUCCCCACAUCUGUACCCUAGAGUUCAGAGCGGAGAAGGAACCUUGACAGGCCUCAAGGCUGCAAACUCUGGAAAAACCCACACCUGGUUAAUCAAUAAUCAGAAGGAACCUCUUGCUUGACCAUUGAAACUGCUUACUUAACAAGUUUUCUUUAAGGGACAUGUCAUUCUAUUACUAAUGUAUAAAUAAGGGGGGAAAGUUUGAGGCUGGACUCUUCUGGACUCUCCUGCUGGAUACAUCUUGCGGUCCCCACCGGCAGACGGAAGAUUUGGCCACCGGUAGCCUGCCGCUGUGUCACUCAAGAGUCCCACUCAGCUUUGGUAAUUAUCAAGGGUUGGGGGUGUUUUACUAACCUGUUGCAGAUGUUUGUAAGUGCUUGAGACUAAAUAAAGUUUAGCUUUAAGUGAAA